AUGGGCAUCUGCUCGUCCUGCAUCGGACGACGGGCCUCGCAGUCUGAUCGGUCUGACAGCUCUCACCUCCUCAUCGACCCGUACCAGCCUCACUAUGGUAGCAUGCACACAUCAGGCCCGCAUGGCAGGCCUCAGCCGGAUCCGGAGGAGAUACGGCGCCAGCGCGACACGUUAGAACGGAUAUGCGCCCAGACGUCCGACAAGCUGAUCGACGUCUCACACUCGGCGUACACGGAGGAAGGGUCCAAGAUGACCUCGGAGUACCCUCGCCUGUUCAUGGAGCGCUUUCCGCCGCCAAAGGUUGCCGUCGAUAGCAGACCUUCGUCCUCCGGCACUGGCGAUGGAGAGCAGGACGAAGCAACCUGGCUCAUGAAUACAAUUGGUGGCCGCGAUGGAGAAGAACCUAGCUGGGACCGCGUCGAGCCCAUCGAUGGUGGUACCCUUACAGUGCAGUUCGACGAAGCACUCGGACUGGACAGAAGACAGGGAGGAAGGGCAUGA